AUGGCGUACGACCAGAAUGCUGAGACAUGGAGCGAAUAUGGCAUUGGCAUCUUCUUCCUGCUGCUGCGGCUUGUGGCACGACUCAAUAUGGGAGGAAUCCGUGGGCUGCGUCUCGAUGAUGCCUUUGCCGUGUUGGCCAUAAUAUUCUUCACGAUCCUUACCGUCAAUAUACAUGAAAUGGGAAUCCUUGGAACCAACAUUGGUCUCGACGCAGAGACUGCAAUGGCUGUCCCUGAGAGCCAGUUCGAGAACAUGAUCCUGGGCUCCAAGCUCGCAUUCAUGAAUUGGAUCUGGUAUAUCUGUUAUAUAUGGUGCCUGAAGGGAGUCCUGCUCUGCCUUUACUGGAAACUCACCGCAGGAACAUGGCACCGACAUUUGGUUGUUGGCUCUUCAGUCUUCUGUGGUAUUAUUUGGCUUGCAUGCGUGCUGACGCACGUCUGCAUGUGUACACCCAUCCACCGCAACUGGCAGAUCCAGCCAUACCCAGGAGAUCACUGCACUCUCCGGCAGCCUCUCUAUGUCGAGAUUGCCGUUUUUAACGUCUUAUCCGACAUUUGCAUUAUCGUCAUCCCUAUUCCCAUCCUCGCAAAGCUCCAAGUCCCCCUUCCACGCAAAAUCGUCCUGGCCCUCAUGUUCUCCUCCGGCUUCUUCAUCAUGAUCUGUACCAUCCUGCGAGCCUACUACUCCCUCGCCAGUAUCACCAGUCUCCCGAUUGCCCUCGGCUGGGCCAGCCGCGAGUGCUUCGUUGCAGCAAUUGUCGCUUCACUACCAGGUAUCAAGCCAUUAUUCCGCAACACCCGGAUCUUGGGGUCGUCGAACCGCAAGAAGUCGAACAAUUACUAUAACAGCGAAGGAUACAACAACUUCGGGUCGAAGGCGUCGGCAAACACAAAGACAUUCGCCACGUCGAGACGGCGAGGCAGCCAUGGACGGCACUUUGAACUCGAUGAUGUUCUACACACGGGACAUAUGGACACUCGCGUGUCGACUGGUGACAGUGAGGAAUAUAUCCUGGAGAGCGCGAAGAAUGAAAGAAACUCUCCACGGCCACAUCCCCAGAAUGACCUGGCGAUUCAUGUUACAACAGAAUAUUCGCUUCAGUCAGAGCAGCAAAGACGACUGUGA